AUGAUGACUAUAAGUGAGAGUCAGUAUUCGUCGAACAAGAGGUCCAGCAUCCACAAGAUCAACGACAGAGUCAUUCAUCGGGACAGCUUCGACGAUGUGAAGUCAUCAUCGAGUGUGAACAGCUCCCUCAUCACCAAGCGUGGCUUCAAACCUUCCGACAUGUACGAUCCUCAAAAGAAAGCCUUCCUCACAAACCUCAGUUAUAAGUUAUUUCCUGUAAGUUGGAACGAUGCUGAUAGCUCAAAGGAAGUGCAAGCUAUCCUGCCUGUGGACUCGAAUACUGAAAACAUUGAGAACAAACCUCUUCUCCUGGGGGACAAGGAGGUGGACCUGAACAAGAUAUUCACACCGGCGCCUGAUGCUGAGGAGCAUCUCAUCAAGAAAGACCGCAAAUUUGAGAAAACGUUCGCAUCGUCAGCGUUUUACGUGCCCGGAGUGCACCCUACCGUGAAGGAGCAGAUGGACCUGGCCCGCGCCAUCUCCAAAUCCCUGAGCGACUCCAGCAACCACAUGAGCCGAGGCCAGAGCAUGUACGUCAACAGGAAGAAGCGCUCCGUCAAAUGGGUGCACGAGGGAAGAGGCCGAAACACAUCGAACACGUGCUCGACGCCUACGCCAGUUGCCAACCACGACACAGCAUACCGCCCACCGUCAAGCUUACGCAACCAGAAAACCUACCCCAAGUCCGCGCUCAAACACACGUACCUGCCGAAAAUGGAGCCUUUCCCGGUCUCUCCGCCAACUAUAAUGCUACCAAACCUUGAUGUGCCCGUAACUCUGGCCCCCACGAAGCUGAACGAUGUCUACGCUUCGCCGAAAAGUCCGCGUUUACCUCUAGUCUGUGGACCGAAUUUCAACGUGGCACCCCGCGGUUGGGGCGAAAUGAGGGAUUACUAUCGACCUGUGUCACUAGAUGGCGUUGGAAAAGUUUCGUUUUCGUAUACAGACUAUUAAAGGCAAAAUUAUGAAAUAAUUUAUUUUUAUUAAUUUACCUAUAUAGCGACUAUCUUGUAAUUUAGUACUUAUGUUAUUUAUCUUUUUGGAGAAAAUCUCAAUAGUAUUCGAGUGAUUUUAAAACAAUAAGAAACAGUAAUAAAUACUAAAGGUAAUAUAAUUUUUUACCUAUGC